AACUUGAAGAAAUGUGUCUCCUGUUACCCAAUCUGUGUUGAAAUAUUUUCUAUUGCAUCAGCAAGUGUUUUUUUGCUCCCCACGCACAAUGCUAUCCAAAAGUAAAGCAGGUUUUCAGAAAUGCCUGAACCGUAUGUACAAAACUUGGAGUCAGAGGCUGUGCACUCCUUUCGUUAGCUCCUGCCUUUAUAACACUAUAAGGUUUCAUUUUCAGAAUGAAACCUGUUUGACAGCCCUUUUCUAGUUUGCCGUGGGAACCGAGGAAUGCUUUCUAAAACAUUAUCAAGAAAUGUCUAUGAACUUCAUUGCAAAACCCUCCUCCCACCACACUAAAUGAUAAAAAGUUUACCAAAAGUCCAAGCUGUCAGCAGAAUAUAGCUAUUUCCAUCAGCAGUGAACUUGCCUGACCGGCAUGUGCAGUGGGAGAGUCAUCACAUGAGAAACAUGACCCACACAGGAUUUUCAACUUUUGCGUGGCUGUUUUUUGCCUGCUGCUUCUGCUACAGCAUAGCUUUUCCAACUAAUCUCAACCAAGAAGCUUCAAACGACAGACCUGUGAUCGGUAUUUUGACUCAGAUGAUUUCAGAUGAAGUCAUGAAACCCUUCGGGAAGACCUACAUACCUUCCUCUUAUGUGAAAUACAUUGAGUCUGGAGGCAGCAGAGUGAUACCUAUCAGAUUGACUCUUACCACCGAUGAUUAUGAAACAAUCUUCAGAAAUAUAAAUGGCUUGGUUUUCAUCGGGGGGGCAGUAAAUUUGGAGACAUCAGACUAUGCCAGGGUGGCCAAAAUUUUUUACAGACUUGCUCUCAAGGCCAAUGACAAUGGGGACUUCUUCCCCAUCUGGGGCACAUGCAUGGGCAUGCAGCUCCUGACUGUGCUGGUGGCCGGUAAAAAUCUGCUGGCAAACACCAUGGCUGAGAACAUAGCACUGCCCCUCAACCUGACCAACGAGGCUGACUCCAGUAGGAUGUUUGAAGGUUUCCCCAAAGAACUCAUGGAGGCUUUGACCAAAGAACCUAUCACCGGCAAUUUUCACCACUAUGGACUACCAGUAAAGACCUUUCACGCGAACAAGGCGCUGCACAGUUUUUUCUCCCUGUUGUCUACAAAUGUUGCUGAAAACGGAGUCCACUUUGCUUCAACUAUAGAAGGUAAAAGAUAUCCUUUCUAUGGAGUCCAGUGGCACCCAGAGGUGAAUCGUUUUCAGUGGGACGGAAAGCAUAACUUUCCUCACUCUGCUCACGCUGUCCAGCUAUCUUCCCUGCUCGCACAGUUUUUUGUCAAUGAAGGAAGGAGAAGUUUACAUCAGUUCGACAAUCCUGAGGAAGAGGCCUCGUCUCUGAUUUACAACAACACGCCUGUAUAUGCUGGAAACUUCACAGGAUACGAACAGAUCUACUUCUUCUGAAAUCCUCUAGUGUCUCUGUAUCUCUGUGAAUUAACAACAGAGGACUUUAUAUUCAGUUUAUGGGAGUUUUAAUCAUUGAUUGUUAUUAAAUUGCUUGAUUUCAAAAUAAAUUUAUAUUUUUGUCAA